AUGGGGGACUCAAUUUUCUCCCGCAAACGAGACCUCGUAUACCUGAUUCAUUUCAGUAUCUCUCUACCUAUGGCUUUCCUCAUGGACCUUCAAGCUAUCUACCCGUCGUCCAUGGUCCCCAGCUUCAUGCUCAGUCUGAAAAACUACUACAUCGACAACUACAACGAUCGAUUCUUCGUUGAGACUCCGCCCUUCUUCAAGUUGUUCAUAUGGUCAGAGCUUUUCUUCCAAGCGCCAGUCAUGCUUUGGGCCUUAGGUGGCCUUUAUCGGAAUUCCCCAAAGAUCCCACUGGUUCUGCUGCCCUAUUCAACAGUCGUCUUCCUGACUACUGUCACGUGCAUGUUUGAGUUUGCUUUCUGGCCAGUCCCGUCGCCCGAGAAGGUUGAGUUAUGCAAGCUGUACGGACCUUACCUCGCCAUUUCCGCUUUCAUGGGGGUGGAUAUGUACCUUCGACUCAAUAAUGUCAUUGCGCAAGCAUCUACUGUCUCGUCCAUCAAGAUGAAAAAAGCGGAGUAA